AUGCGCGGCAAGAUCAACUUCGAAGAAGCCUUCGAGCUACCAACCUUGGCCGACUCCAGUCGUGAACAAGCCGCUCUGUACAUCGCGCCCAAAGACCUCGAUCGCUACAUCGACCACAUCAAACACCCUCUCGGCGAACGCCUCCAACUAGCAAACAGCCACGGGAUCGGCUACACCAUCUACUCCCUAACGGUGCCCGGCAUCCAAGGCAUACCAGAUCCAUCCAAGGCCGAGCAGCACGCCACCACCGUCAACGACUGGAUCGCCAACGAAAUCAAAGACCACCGCGACCGCCUGGGCGCCUUUGCCGCCCUCUCCAUGCACGACGCCGCACAGGCAGCCGCCGAGCUGGAGCGCUGCGUCCGCCAGCACGGCUUCCACGGCGCCCUCCUGAACAAUUACCAGCACGCAGGGCCGGACGGGGAGACCUACCUCUUCUACGAUCAGCCCGCGUACGAUGUAUUCUGGCAAAAGUGCGUCGAGCUCGACGUGCCCGUGUAUCUGCACCCCGCUGCGCCCGCCGGCAACUACUACAAGCAAAUGUACGCGCAGCGCAAGCAUCUCGUCGGCCCGCCGUUGAGUUUCGCAAACGACGUCUCGCUGCACCUCCUGGGCCUGGUGACGAAUGGCGUCUUCGACCGGUUCCCCAAGCUCAAGGUGGUGGUUGGGCAUCUCGGGGAGCAUAUACCUUUUGAUUUCUGGCGCAUCAGCCACUGGCUCGAGGAUGUCGAGCGUCCGCUGGCGGUUGGGCGGGGUGAUGUUAUGAGCAAGAAGGAUCUGCUUUACUACUUUAGGAACAAUAUCUGGGUGACGACCAGCGGGCACUUUUCUACGCCGACUGUGCGGUACGUUGCCGAUUACUUGGGGCCCGAGAGGAUCAUGUUCAGCGUGGAUACCCCGUACGAGACUAUCGAGAAUGGCGUGGGGUGGUUUGACGGCGAGGAGGACGCAUUGACUCGGGCGCUGGGCGGCGAGGAUGGGUAUAAAAAGGUCGCGAGGGAGAACGCCAAGAAGCUUUUCAAGCUGACCGAGUACCACGAUUGCGAUGCUUGA